GUGGUUCCAGUGCGAGGAUUGACCGAGGUGGAGUGCCCCGAGCAGGGCCCAGGGCCUGGGUGCGAGUCCCUGCUCCACACGGAGUGGGCUGUGUGGGCAGGUCAUUAGUCUCUCUUUAAGUGACUGAGUGACAUAGUCGGGUGCCAUCGAUGCCCAGUUCUCAGUAAGCUGGGGUGCUGGUGUUUAAUUGAAGUCCCAGGCAAGGCCCAAGGACGUUCCAAACCAUUAGGGCGCCCAGCAUGUCUUUAGUGACAUUGUUCUAGGUGCUGGGGUACCAUGGUGAAUAGGCAGAUCCGUCCCUGUUGGAGCUGAUAUACUAGUUAAAAGGAGACAGUGAAGGGCGAUAUGAUAAUGGCCUGAGGCCGGUCAGCGGUCAGGGCGGGCCUCUGAGAAGCAUGGGCUCGUGGAGACAGGGACCGGCUCUCCGAUGGGAGCUGGCAUUGCCACCCUCUGCAAUAGCCAGAAAGCCCUCAGAUGGGACACGUGGGUCUGGGGAGGGAGCGGGAAGGGUGGAGAUUCAGCUGAGGAGCUGAGGGAGCUCCCAGAGUGCUCCCCGUUUUACAAAUGUGGAAACUGUGGAAACGGGGGGUCCACGAAGCCAGUGGCUGGCCCGAGGCUGCAGGGCCGUGAAAGGGACUCCAUCCGGCUCCAGCCUGGUCCCCCGCCCCCUCCCAGGAUGUCAUUCAAGUCUCUAAGAAGUUCCUGCCGAGCAUGGCCAUUGGCUACUCCAGCUCAAAGCUGACCCUCCACGUGGGCGACGGCUUUGAGUUCAUGAAACAGAACCAGGACGCCUUCGACGUUAUCAUCACCGAUUCCUCGGACCCCAUGGGCCCAGCCGAGAGCCUCUUCAAGGAGUCCUAUUACCAGCUCAUGAAGACGGCCCUCAAGGAGGACGGGAUCCUCUGCUGCCAGGGCGAGUGCCAGUGGCUGCACCUGGACCUCAUCAAGGACAUGCAGCACUUCUGCCGGUCGCUCUUCCCCGUGGUGCGCUACGCCUACUGCACCAUCCCCACCUACCCCAGCGGCCAGAUCGGCUUCAUGCUGUGCAGCAAGAACCCAAGCACCAACUUCCAGGAGCCGGUGCGGCCGCUGACGCAGAAGCAGGUGGAACAGAUGCAGCUGAGAUACUACAACUCCGACGUGCACCGGGCGGCCUUCGUCCUGCCCGAGUUUGCCCGCAAGGCCCUGAAUGAUGUGAGCUGAGUCCAGAUACUGCUGCCGACUCGGGCCAGGUUGCCCUGGACAGGCCCCCUGCCGGCACCCCAACAACCAAGUGUUACAGGCCCCAGGAUGCUGCCCGCCUGCCCCGCUGGCGGACUGUCUGUCCCUGUGGUGUUCAGCCUCCAAGCCUAUACCAGCUGUGUACAGCCCCCUCUCCGCCCUCUGUCACCCUCACUCCCCAAACACAUGUAUUUAUAGCAAACUUCUGAA